AUGUGGCGUUUUCUGAUAUUUGGAGUUGUAAUAAUAACAGCAGCUUCCGCUGUGAAACUUGAGAAAUGUAGGAAUAAACCUCUGCCGCUUGAUGUCCGAUCCACUACCUGUGAUGAUACAACUUGUUAUAUCUCAAUAUCCAAUCCCAUAGGUUUUGAACUGGAUGCAAGAAUUCCCAAUGACACACUUCAUGUCUUUCCGAGUGUUUUGUUCCUCUAUAGAUUACCUGAGGGAAAUCGAGCGGAAAUCCCUAUGGAAAUUGACUUGAGUCGAGGCUGUGAUUACCUUGUUUCUCACACUUGCCCACUCUCCAAAGACGAUAUUGCCACGUGGACUUUCGAUUGGGACUUUCUUCCUGCAGAAGUGUUUGGAGAAGGUGUGAAAUUCCGAGCUGAAAUUAAUUUGUACGAUAAAAAUGUCGAUCCUGUGACGUGUUUUCGAGUUAAUCUCGUUAUGAUUGAAUAA